AUGGCUGUCGGAACCUUCACCGUCUUAGACGAUACCCGCCCAGAAGACACCAGUCUUCCAGCAUUCAUGGUUUCUACCAGCCGUGGAUUCCUUCCCCGAGCAGAGCCCAUUAUCGAGCUACCAGCCGAGUUUGCGCCAUUCGAAAGUCUUCUGUCGCGCAUGCCAAUCAAGAAACUUGAUGGGACUCCUGGCCUGCUUGCGAGUGGUUCGCUGGGAGAGGCCGUCAAGGAGCUACCGGAUCUUACAUGGGCGGUGGAGAAAUACAGGGAGAAUCUCCCGCUCCAAAAUGCCCUUUAUCGCGAUUACUCGUUCCUCGCAUCCGCAUACCUCCUCGAGCCUUGCCACGAACGAUUUGUGAGAGGGGAGCCAUAUGGUCUGGCUAGAGAUGUGUUGCCGAAGAAUAUUGCGUUGCCCAUCUCACGGUGCGCUGAAAUCGCCGGCUUCAAGCCAUUCAUGGAAUAUGCUGGCUCCUACGCGCUAUACAACUAUCGUUUGGUCGAUCCCGCAAAAGGCUUGGAGUACUCUAACCUUCGCCUCAUUCGAGCUUUUGAGCAUGGACUAGACCCCACCUCAUCUGAGGCAGGGUUUGUCCUUGUUCACGUUGACAUGGUUCGCAAUUCGGGUCCCCUUAUCGCUGGUGUCAUGUCUGCUUUAAGCGCUUGCACUGCAAACGACCGCGACGGGUUUGUCCAAGGACUCGAAGCCAUCGUUCGUGCUAUGGAAGUCGUCAACGAGGUCAUGGAAAAAAUGUGGGGGAAAAGCAAGGCCAACGAUUACACCUCCUUCCGCACUUUCAUAUUCGGCAUCACCUCCCAGUCCAUGUUCCCCAACGGCGUCAUCUACGAAGGCGUUUCAGAGGAGCCGUUGUCGUUCCGUGGCGAGUCCGGGGCCAACGACAGUAUCAUUCCUCUCUGCGAUAACUUCUGCCAGAUCACCAUGCCCGAAACACCGUUGACGGACAUCUUGAAGGACUUUAGGGCGUAUCGGCCAGGAAACCACCGCGAGUUCCUUGAGUUCGUCAAUAUUCGGUCCCGCAACAUCAACGUCAAGGAGUUUGCACUAGCCCACAGAGACAGCGCAAGCGCGUAUUUGCGAAUCUUGAAUCAGAUCCGCGACUUCAGAUGGCGGCAUUGGUGCUUUACGAGGGAGUAUAUCUUGAAGAAAACGGCACAUCCAACCGCAACUGGCGGCAGCCCCAUUGUCACUUGGCUCCCGAACCAGCUGAUAGCCGUCAUGGACGCGAUGAUUCGAGUGUGGGACGACGCUGAGCACGAUCUGGACGGCUGCGAGGACAUUAUGGAGCGCACGAUCGUGCAGAGAGAUACCUUGAAGAAGGAGGUCGACAAGUAUGUCAAGGAAAGAGCUGCUUGA